GCUCCUAAUAAUACUUAUGGUAAUGACUAUGGCUUGAUUGGUGCAGAUUUUAGUAAUUCAACCAUUCCUCUAGACAUACGUUUAUCAUUUUAUGGAUUUGCUCAAUACACUAAGUUCAUUCGCCCAGGAUAUCAAAUCAUUUCUUCUGAUGAUUGUGAUACUCUUGCCGCACAAGAUGCUAGCAAAAAAACGCUUGUUCUAGUUUGCACAAAUAAUAAUAAUGCAUCAGACGCUUGGAAUAUAAAUGUUUCUAAGUUUAAUAUCAGUUCAUUUAAAGCCUACCGUACAUCUAAUGACAAUGAAACACUUAAGUUACUACCAAAUACGUGGAAUAUUACUGAUGGUAUUUUAACUUAUGAAAGUCCAGCUAAUUCUAUUACUACUUGGGUUUUUAAUAUAACUCAAUAG